AAGCCAGCCGGAGUCCCUUUGCCUUCUCGGCCUUUUGUCCCCCGUGCCCCCCCCACGCCCCCUGGCCUGUAUCCCGUGGAAGAUUGCAGUGGAUGCUCCGCUCCCAGACAAAACAUGCAGGGCUGUUGUUUGGAGGCGGCCGCCUCUCUGCGCCGCUGGCUCCCUGUCAAAAACAUGUCCAGCCGUUCGCCUCGUAUCCUCCGCCAACUUUUGUUCUCGCCCCCUCCGUGGAGCCUCUUCCCCCUGCCCUCCCGUAAAACACUUCUGAACGCUUUUCCGCACCGAGCCCCGCCGUCCCCGCGAGGGGGACGAGGUGCGGGUGGUUUUCCCAACUUGGGGCGAGGAGAGCGGGACCGUCCGGCAACUCUUUGUUCGCGGGGACGGCAGCGUGGGGCUUGAGGUGUGGGGGGGGGCAUCGGCGGCAGGGCUUCAAUCCCCUCCGCGCCCUCGACCGCCUUGUUUCGCUGAAAGUUGAAGCCUUUUUUUAUCCCUUUUAUCCCUUAAAACAGGGGGACGAAACGCAAAGUACAAAAGUUUUGACGCAGGGUUAAAAGGAGUAAGACUUCCCCCCAACCAUAAGGCUGUUUGAGUUUUCUUUGUGUCCACUUCCAAAGAGACAAACUUGUCAGUUAGAGGAUCGUUACUCAUCGCACUCGUGGUGCGUUAAGUGCCCUUAAAUUAGCGCUUGGCCACAAAGACGCGGAACGUGCUUUCGGAUCCAGCUCUCCUGCGCUGCCUGGGAAGAAGUUCUAGCAAAGCAGUGUCUGUUCAGUUGCGAUUUGCCAGUCGGCGGCGUGGCUGAAGAGUGUUUUGCAUUCAAAGACCAUUAAAUGCUCCGAAGUGGAGGGUUAGAGGGGAGCAGUGCGCAUGUUCAGUACUCCAGAGUUGUGCUGUUUUCCCCCUACUAUGCAUUCCUGCGGCUCCGUAGUAAAGCAGGCUCUCAUUGUUAGUACCCUUGGAGCAAUUAAUGCAUAUGUAGUUCGUGAAAUCAUUGGGCUGCUGCAGACAUGGUGUGUACUAAUAUGGUUUGUAGCCCUCGUCAGAAGUUUUUUUUGGACAUGCCGCUCGGCUAAGAGGAGCGCACACAAAGGGAACUGAGCCACAAAGCAAAGUUUAAAGAGUAGGCAGGGUGGUGCUGAGGAGCGCAGCGUCCCGCGGGAGCGGAGUGGGGUUUGAUCCCAGGCACAGCCGGGGCUGCGCGCCCAGCUCACCCCUCUGUGCCCAGAGACAGAGGCAGCGCUGGCUUUUAAAUGUUUCUUAGGUAGGUCGAGAUUCUUCACCCUGUUGGAAGCAGUUCGUGGUUUGUUCCCCCCCCCUCUUUUAUAGUUUCGCUGAAUUAAUUUAGCCCAGUUAUUUUUAGGACAUUCCUAUGCUGCCUAUUUGCACAGCAGUGGUGAGCUGGUUUCCUGUCUGCUGUUGCUUCCAUUGUUCAGACUUCUCUCCCCGAGGGCAGCUGCUGGUUGGUGAAAUACCAAACUCCCUGCACUUUCAACUGUUGUUCUUGCCACCCCCGAAAUAAAUGCGUGUGGAAAACGCUGACGUAAUUUCUAGGUAUGCAUGUGUAGGGCUUUGUGUGUAAGAGAGUGUGUGUAUGUGUGUGUAAGCUCUCUGCUUUGAGGAUUGCAAAUCCUGGGCUGAAACAAUGGAAACAAUGAAAGGUGACAGGCGGGAGGGAGAACUUUUGAGAGGGGCCAUGGGCCUGGGGUUUGCGUGGCACAAAUUAAAAGGUGUAGUUGCAAUAUCAGGCAGUGAAACGGAGGAUGAUGACACUAUGGAUGUCCCACUGGAUCUUUCCUCAUCUGCUGGCUCAGGCAAACGGCGGAGACGUGGCAACCUGCCCAAGGAAUCUGUGCAGAUUCUUCGGGACUGGCUCUAUGAGCACCGAUACAAUGCUUAUCCUUCAGAGCAAGAAAAAGCGCUGUUAUCCCGACAAACACACCUUUCCACACUACAGGUCUGCAACUGGUUUAUCAAUGCACGCCGCAGGCUGUUACCUGACAUGCUGAGGAAGGAUGGCAAAGACCCAAAUCAGUUCACUAUCUCGCGGCGAGGGACCAAGCUUCCCGAGGGCGGCCUGGUGGAGUCUGCCAUCAGCACAAAGAACUACAUUCCCCUGCUGGAUGAGACUGCCUUCCUUCCUGCUGCCGCUCCGCUUGGCAAAACUGUGUCCUCUCCCAAGCCAGCUUCCCCGGGAUCGGUCCUGGCUCGGCCGUCGGUGAUUUGCCACACGACUGUGACUGCGUUGAAAGAUGCCCCUUUCCACUUUUGCCAGCCAGCUGAUGUAGGCCAGACCACGGACCUGCAGCAGCCCCCGGCUGGCGGCUUCACAGAUAGCCCCCUGUCCUGCCACGAGGACGCAUCCAAACUGGGACCUGGUGCAAACACACAGAGUGGGCUCUUUAACACUCCUCCUCCAACACCACCAGACCUUAACCAGGAUUUUAGUGGAUUUCAGCUUCUGGUGGAUGUUGCACUGAAAAGGGCGGCAGAGAUGGAGUUGCAGGCAAAACUUAUGGCCUAAAUCCCCUUCCUUCUCCUUCCCCGUUUUGUUUUACCAGGCAGGGAUCUAACAGCUGUGUGGUUAUUGCCACCCACACGAUAUCAAAAGACUUCACUGCGUUAUUAUUAUUUUUUUUUUAUUAAUCUUAUUUGCACAAGGGGAUUGCUGAAAUGAAGCUUCCUGUCACUGAGAUGGUCUUCAGUGGAAUACGGUCAUUCCAAGAAUUUUGAACUUAAAGCUACUGUAGAAAGAAAGGAUUGUGUGUUUUGUUGGGAUUUUUUUUUAAUGUUUUCUUUGUAGAUUUUUCAUAAUGUGAGAUGUUUCCCAAGAUCAUGUGAUUUGUUUUGUUUCUUUCAGACUGUGCAAUAUCUAGUAAUGAUAUAGAGUCUUCUUAUCAUUCCCAUGUGGAACGGAAUAUACCGACACGCUGUCUAAAUUUUCAAUUUUUUUAACAAUACAAACUUUGGAUGAUCAUGCUUUUUUCCCAUAAUAUAAUAAAGUAUUUUCUUUAAAAGAGA